AUGGGUUUGCUGUGCAUACCCAUAAUAUUAUCAAGAGUUGUUCCAACCUUGCUCCUGAUUUGUUGUGGGUUCUUUGUUUCUCAAGCUCGUGGGGUGAGAACCCCGCAACCCGAGAGGUCUCUUCCCUUCAUUUGGCCUCUGCCUAAACAAUUCAGCUUCGGCAAUGAGACUCUUUCUCUUGACCCUGCAUUCUCUCUCUCUGGCAACGGUGCUGCCUCUCCCAUUGUUCGAGAUGCUUUUGAAAGAUACAAAGGGAUCGUGUUCAAGAAUGGUGAUAGGUUCAGUUUUCUCAGAACACUGAGGCCUGUCUAUGAUAUUACCAAAUUGAGCAUCACUGUUCAUUCCAAGAGUGAUGAGCUUCAACUUGGAGUGGAUGAAAGCUACAUUUUGACAGUUUCAACAGCCAAUUUGCUUUCUGGUGCUGGUCUCACAAUUGAGGCAAAUACUGUUUUUGGUGCAUUGCGUGGAUUAGAGGAAGCACUACCUCAUACAUUCAGCCAGUUGUGUUCUUUUGAUUAUACCACUAAAAAUGUACAAAUACACAAGGCACCUUGGUCCAUCCGAGAUAAACCUAGAUUUCAAUACCGUGGGCUUAUGUUGGAUACAGCAAGGCACUAUUUACCGGUUAUUGUAAUUAAGCAGAUAAUUGAAUCUAUGUCCUAUGCUAAACUUAAUGUUCUACAUUGGCACAUCAUAGACGAGCAAUCAUUUCCUUUUGAAGUACCUACUUAUCCAAAUUUGUGGAAAGGUUCAUACUCAAAUUGGGAGCGUUACACGAUAGAGGAUGCACAUGAAAUUGUCAACUUUUCCAAAAUGAGAGGCAUAAAUGUGAUGGCGGAAGUGGAUGUCCCUGGUCAUGCAGCAUCAUGGGGUGUUGGAUAUCCUGAUCUUUGGCCAUCACCCUCCUGUAAUCAGCCACUAGAUGUUUCGAAGAAGUUUACUUUUGAUGUCCUGUCUGGUAUUCUAACAGAUAUGAGAAAAAUAUUCCCAUUUGAACUAUUUCACUUAGGGGGUGAUGAAGUGAAUACAGAUUGCUGGACUAAUACUUCUGCAGUGCAUAAAUGGCUUCAGAAGAAGAACAUGACCGCUGAAGAUGCCUAUGAAUACUUUGUAGUAAAGGCUCAAAACAUAGCUCUUACGAAAAAUUGGAGCCCCGUAAACUGGGAAGAAACCUUCAAUACUUUUCCAACUAAGCUCCAUCCGCAGACUGUAGUGCAUAACUGGUUGGGUCCUGGGGUUUGUCCAAAGGCUGUUGCAAAAGGUUUCAGGUGUAUUUUCAGUAACCAAGGUGCAUGGUAUCUUGACCAUCUAAAUGUACCUUGGGAAGUUGUCUAUGCUGCGGAACCACUAGAAGGAAUUCACAAAGCUUCUGAGCAAAAACUUGUUCUUGGAGGAGAAGUCUGUAUGUGGGGCGAAACAGCUGAUACUUCAGACAUUCAGCAAACAAUAUGGCCUCGCGCAGCAGCAGCAGCAGGAUUCAGAGUAUGUUAUGGAAAAAUUGGAAAAGAUGGUAGGAUUGAGAAAUGUGGUUGCUGGAUUCGAUCAUGCAAAAUUAACAAUUACUUGUUUCCCACAGAACGCUUGUGGAGUCCUAGAGAUUAUACUUCAGGACAUGCUAGCGAGAUUGCCUUGCAAAGGUUGCAAUACUUCAGAUGUCUCUUGAAUAGACGUGGGGUUGCAGCUGCUCCUGUCACAAAUUAUAAUGCUAGAACUGCUCCUAUUGGUCCAGGCUCAUGCUUUGUUCAGUAA